CCCCCUCUUCUGUCCCGGCGCCCCUCUCUCUCAGCGGCUCCUGUCACUUGGCGCCGGUAUCCUAGCCGCCAGCUCCGCGUCGGGCCGCUCCCCAGCUGGUGUCGUCCCACAGGUGUCCCCACGUCUGACCGUCCCUCCGUCCGUCCCUCCUGGGGCCGGCGCUGACCAUGCCCAGCGGCUGCCGCUGCCUACAUCUCGUGUGCCUGUUGUGCAUCCUGGGGGCGCCCGGUCAGCCUGUCCGAGCCGAUGAUUGCAGCUCCCACUGCGACCUGGCUCACGGCUGCUGUGCGCCUGACGGCUCCUGCAGGUGUGACCCAGGCUGGGAGGGACUGCACUGUGAGCGCUGUGUGAGGAUGCCUGGCUGCCAGCAUGGUACCUGCCACCAGCCCUGGCAGUGCAUCUGCCAGAGCGGCUGGGCGGGCAAGUUCUGUGACAAAGAUGAGCACAUCUGUACAACACAGUCCCCCUGUCGGAACGGAGGCCAGUGCAUAUAUGAUGGGGGCGGUGAGUACCACUGUGUGUGCCUACCAGGCUUCCAUGGGCGCAACUGCGAGCGCAAGGCUGGACCCUGUGAACAGGCAGGCUCCCCAUGUCAGAAUGGCGGGCAGUGCCAGGACAACCAGGGUUUUGCUCUCAACUUCACAUGCCGCUGCUUGGCGGGCUUUGUGGGUGCCCGCUGUGAGGUAAAUGUGGACGACUGCCUGAUGCGACCUUGUGCUAAUGGUGCCACCUGCCUCGACGGCAUCAACCGCUUUUCCUGCCUCUGCCCUGAGGGCUUUGCUGGACGCUUCUGCACCAUCAACUUGGAUGACUGUGCCAGCCGCCCAUGCCAGAGAGGGGCUCGUUGUCGGGACCGUGUCCAUGACUUCGACUGUCUCUGCCCCAGUGGCUAUGGCGGCAAGACUUGUGAGCUUGUCUUACCUGUACCAGACCCCGCCAUCACAGUGGAUACCCCCCCAGGGCCCACCUCAGCUGUGGGGGUACCUGCCACGGGGCCAGCACCCCACAGCGCAGGAGCCGGUCUGCUGCGGAUCUCAGUGAAGGAGGUGGUACGGAAGCAAGAGGCUGGGCUGGGUGAGCCUAGCCUGGUGGCCCUAAUGGUGUUUGGGGCCCUCACUGCUGCCCUGGUUCUGGCCACUGUGCUGCUGACCUUGAGGGCGUGGCGCCGAGGUGUCUGCCCCCCUGGACCCUGUUGCUACCCUGCCCCACGCUAUGCCCCAGCAUGCCAGGACCAGGAGUGUCAGGUUAGCAUGCUGCAAACAGGGCUCCCCCUGCCUGACCUGCCCCCUGAACCUGGAAAGACCACGGCACUGUGAUGGAGGUGGGGGCUUGGUGGCCCCCUUCCUCAGCUCUUCCUCCACUCAGACUGAAAUGGUUCUUCUCAUCACCUUCACUUGGGUACACAUACUGAGGAGACUUCAGCCUCACACCAGAAAUAUUAUUUUUUUAAUACACAGAAUGUACGAUGGAAUUUUAUCAAAUAAAACAAUGAAAAUGCAA